GGCCUGAGGAACAAGCCGAAGAAGACAGGCCAUGUGAAAGCAGACCUCAUUGAUGUGGACCUAGUGAGAGGUUCUGCUUUUGCCAAGGCCAAGCCUGAGUCUCCCUGGACGUCUCUGACCAGGAAGGGUCUUGUCAGGGUGGUGUUGUUCCCCUUCUUCUUCAGAUGGUGGAUCCAGGUCACCUCCAGAGCCAUCUUCCUCCUCCUCCUCCUCCUCUACCUGCUACAAGUGGCUGCUGCAGCGUUAUUCUUCACCAUUCCCCAGCCCCACAGUAUCCCGACCACAGAGGUGUUUGGGGCGAUAUGGCUGAUGCUGUUACUGGGGACAGUGCACUGCCAGAUCGUCUCCACACGCACCCCCAAACCCACCAGCAGCAGCAGCUCUGGCAAGAGAAGAAGGUGGGGAGAAGGGCUGGGGAUGGAAGGAGGGAGGGAGGGAGGGAGGGAGAGAGAGGAGGG